AUGGAAGAUGCAAUAUUCGGAACUAUCCUUUCAGGCCGGAACGAGCCUAUUCAAGGAAUCAGGGAUCUGAUUGGCCCCACUGUCGCCACCGUGCCAGUACGUGUCAAAUUCGAUGUUGGCGACACUGUGCAAGAGUAUCUAGAGAAAUUGCAGAAUGAUAGCGAAGAGAGAAAGUCGUUUGGUCAAUGUGGUCUACAUGCAAUUUCUAAACUAAGCGAUGAUGCGAAGCGGGCUUGCAGCUUCCAAACCCUUUUUGUGGUGCAGCCAGGAGAGGAGAGCCAUGCUGUUAGAAACGGCGUCGGGGCUUGGCAACGCGUCGAAGCCGACAUCGGCCGUUCAUCCUACGCACUGACUAUCCAGUGCUUUCUCAACAGGACGGGGACGAGGGUCGUGGCUGCUUUCGACUCUUCGGUUUUAGAGACUUGGAGGGUGCAAAGGUUGAUUCAGCAGCUUUGUUUUGUAGUGGAGCAACUGUCGCGAUCGGAUGGGUCUCAACUUGUGUCAGAUUUCAUCGGCGUGGUUGCCGCGGACGAUCUUCAGAAGAUCUGGAAGUGGAACGCAGCGGUACCAGCCCCAGUCGAGACGCGCAUAUACGAUUUUAUCUCGGAAAAUGCGCGAAACCAACCCCUGGCCCCAGCCAUUUGUGCAUGGGAUGGAGAGUUGACGUAUGCACAAUUAGACAGCUUGUCGACCCAGCUUGCGGAUCGACUUGUCAGCUCGGGUGUGAGACAGGAAGUUUUGGUUCCAUUGUGCUUUGAAAAGUCCAUGUGGAUGGCUGUAGCCAUGCUGGGUGUCAUGAAAUCUGGCGGCGCCUUUGUCCCUCUCGAUGUUUCGCAGGCUGCGGAUCGCGCCAGACUCAUCCUUGAGGAGAUUGAACCUACCGUCGUCGUCGUAUCUAAAAGAAACCAGCAUCUCGUCCACCAGCUGGGCUAUCAUACUGGACGGGUCUGA